AACAACUUUCUUCAGAACCUUCUUCAGACUCUUGCCGAGUUUUCCCUCAACAAGGGCGGUGGCAGCUUAGCAGCAAAGGGGUUUCAAACUCCUUGUACAGACUGUCCACCUCCUGCAGCUUGGAUUCAUCGAGGACCUGAAAGACACAUGUGACGAACUCCAGAACGAACAUGUGGAGGUGAAACGCGGACGGAGAAGUUUUAGUAGAGUUUUGCUAAAUAUCACCGACGGCGUUGAAACAAAGAGCGACCGACCGAGAGAAAUGGGUGACUCUCAGCGCUACCCGCCCCCGGACUUCAGCUGUCCUCCACCGAAUUUCAUACAGCCGCAGCAGACCCACUCCAGCAGCUUCCAUCCCAGCAUGUGGAGCUGGGGACAAGCGCCCCCCCAGGCCAGCUGGGGACACGGCGGCUACUAUCACCGCCAAGCGGAUGGACCUGCUCACUAUGGAGCUCAACCACAAUUCAAUCAGCAUUUUGGCGGUGAGUGGUAUCAAGCUGGACAUCCCGGUGGCAGACAGAACUACAGACCUCCCUAUCAACAAGGCAAAAAGCAAAGAAACAGGAAGGAGCCGGAGUAUUCCCAUUUCUGCGACACCUGUGACCGGGGCUUUAAGAACCGGCAAAAAUACGACGAGCACGUUUUCCAGCAUGUCAAGUGUUCUGUACCUGACUGCAACUUCAUGGCUCAUGAAAAGCUGGUCGCCAUUCACUGGAAGAACAGUCACGCACCAGGGGCCAAAAGAAUCAAGCUGGAUACUCCGGAAGAGAUUGCUAAAUGGAGAGAGGAGAGGCGCAAAAACUACCCGACGGUUGAGAAUAUCGAGAGGAAGAGAAGAGUCAUGGAGGUGCGGGAGCAGACCGGAGGCGUUCUUGAAACGACUCAGUUUGGGCGCAUGAGAGGCAGUGGAAGAGGCAGAGGGAGGGGCAGAGGCAGAGGAUGGGGUUGGGGUAACAGAGGGCCCCUCCCUUCAAACGGCACUGCUGCAGAGACCCCCAGACCAUUCAACCAUCUUUCCAAGGUGGGAGAUCCACUGGGAGUUCUGGCCAAUACUGACCAAGAUUCAGAUAAAGAGGAGACCGGCACGGCUGGCCUGGUUGUGGCUCCGAAACAGAUGAGCUCAGCCCUCGGGUCAUUACUGGCCAACUACGGUUCGAUGAGUGAAAGCGACGAGGAACCCGAAGAUGUCCCCAUUCUGAGAGCCAAAGAAGUUGUCCAAGAAAACGAGGCCCUCCUAAACAAAAUGACACCAACUUCCGACUACAGUCGGUGCUCUGAACAAGUAGAAAACCCCGGCGAGACUCGGACAGUUCCUCAACCAGCCUCUGGCCCCGGCAUGUGGAAUGAGAGAAGAGGAAGAGGAGGAGGGAGGAGAGGAAGAAGGGGACAAAGACGCAGAGACAUGCCUCAAUCAUGCCGCGCAACUCUACUGGAAAUGUUGCUGGCCCCAGACAUUCGCCACGAGAGGAACGUUCUGCUGCAGUGUGUACGAUAUGUCGUCCGCAACCACUUUUUCGGGCUGGAAGACGGAUCUCAGGACCGAGACGAGAUAAAACAGGAAAACCCGACAGUUCCUGCAACCAGUGAGCUCGAAGAAAGGCCUGCGUCCCGAUCAGACUCUAAUGUUAACGAUGAGAGACGUUUUGAAACUACAAUUGUCCCGGACAGCAGAGAUAUCGAAGGUUUAGGCAGUGAAUCUGCUGAAAGAACUGAAGAAAGUUCUGGAGAGUCUGUCCAAAGUAUUGAAGAAAAGACUGACACGCCCCACAACGGUCAAGAUCCCACCAGCACAAAUAAUAUCACAUCUCAAUCUAAUGUCUAUGAUGAUGAAAUAUGGGAAAUGGAUGCCUGUUCUUUGAAAGAAUUUUUUUAAGACAUUAGGUUUACGUAUAUAAUUCUUUUUCUUGGAAAGAGAAUCAUUUUGUUCCUUUUUAUUGUAGGUGGGCCUAUGAAUUUUGUUGUAGAACAAAUACGUUUACUUACAAAAUUGUGUGAAACUGUGAAUUUUCAUAAAGUAUACACAGUGUGCAAAGUCUGUUGUGAUUCUCCAUCUGUAUAAAUGCAUCUGUAUUUAAUGUGUAUGAAUGGCUUUGACCCUUUAUGUUAUGGAAAAAACAUAGAGAAAUAAUUAUCAUCUUUAGUAAUAUGACAAUAAAGACUAUAAUGA